GUACAAGACUCAGCAUCAGUUUCACUGCUUGAUGCUCCUUCAAGAACUUCUAGCUCUUCCCUUCCUGCGUUUUCUAAAAGAAAGAGGAGGAAACUGGAAGCAGAGGCAUUGCGUCUAAAUCAAGGUGGUAGUGGUGGUACAACCUCGUCGUCAUCUAAUAAGAACAACUCUACUCCUGAGGACGAAAUCAAAGGAAAGGUCAAGGUCACACUGACUGAUGGGGUUCAGCUCGGUGCGGAGCUUUUAGUAGGAGCAGACGGGAUUUUCUCGACCGUGCGUCGCCAAAUGCAACUUCCCGGUGAUAGGUUGAACUACGUGGGUCUCAUAGUCGUCCUCGGCAUAGUAGAGGAUACGACGACCACUUCAUCU